AUGGAGAUGGACGAGAAGAUCAGAGUGUACACACGUGACGAGAUUGUUGGCGAGAUGCUCAAGUUGGCACCCGAGACACUCGACAAGGACAACCGAUACGGCGGACGUGUCAUUGUCGAGCACGAGCUCCAAGACCGUCCCCCUACCGCCGCCGAACUCCUCUCUGCACACGCCCAAAUGCGUGGUUUCCGUACCGUGCAUGGUGUGCCCGAUCAAUCGCGUUCCGCCCGUAUCGUCCUCAAAGAUCUUGUCAACGGCAAGCUCAUCUACUGUUGUCCACCACCAGGUGUCGACAGUCACAAGUUCCAACGCAAGAACCCAAAGAUCAGAGGUGCCAAGACACUCAUCAAGGACAGCACCCUCGACCAACAAGAAGAAGAGCAACUCCGUAGCACCGGCGGUAUCACUGCCGAAUCCAAGGAACGUAAGGUCACAUACGAUGUCAGCGUUGAAAGUGAAUGUGCCUAUGACGAACAACAAGGUGUUGUUGCCCGUCUCAAAUCCAAAAAAGGUCAAGAAGGCCAUAUUUUCCAUCGUCCAAAGUUCCAUCAUCAAGAAGUUUCUCUUUCUCAAAAAUUGGAUAAAUUAAAAUUAAAAGAACAACAAUUAAAAGAUUUAGCAAUCAAACAAGCUAAAGAAAGAAUUUUACAACAAAAAUUACAACAACAACAACAAGAACAACAACAACCAGGAAUAAUAAAUAAAUUAUAUAUAUAA